AUUUUCCAGUAAUCAAUUCUCCAGCUUACCAUAAUCAUACAAUAGACUCUCUUCGACAUCAUUCUACUAGCAACUGCUAGUGGGUUAGUAUUUGCGUCACCUGAAGUUCCCUUGAGCCGCGUAUCGACAUCAAUCGAAUCACUAUGCCCGUUCCCGAGUCUGAGUAUCUCAGCCCCGUCUGGCGAGAUGGGAUCUUCAAUGGCCGCGUUAUCUUUGUGACUGGCGGUGCAGGAAGCAUCUGCAGCAUGCAGACGCGAGCAUUAGUUCGCCUGGGUGCAAAUGCAUGCAUCAUUGGCCGAAGUGUCGAGAAGACAGAGCUUGCGGCCAGAGACAUCGCGAGUGUAAGAGAGGGAGCCAAGGUGAUAGGAAUCGGUGGCUGUGAUGUUCGAAAGAUCGACAGUCUUCAGGCUGCUGCUGAGCGAUGCGUAAAAGAGCUUGGAGGGAUCGACUUUGUCAUCGCUGGUGCAGCUGGCAACUUUGUCGCUCCUAUUGAAGGCCUCAGCUCCAAUGCAUUCAAGACGGUAAUGGACAUCGAUGUCUUGGGAACAUUCAACACAAUCAAGGCGACAAUGCCCCAUCUCCUAAAGAGCUCAACCCCUCGGAUCAUCUACGUCUCUGCCACUUUCCAUUACACCGGCAUGCCUCUCCAGGCACACGUCUCUGCAGCCAAGGCGUCUAUUGACUCACUCAUGGCGUCCGUUGCCCUGGAGUAUGGACCAAGAGGGGUGACAAGUAACGUAAUUGCCCCAGGAGGUAUCGAGGGCACUGAGGGUCUGGCCAGAUUGGGGAGCGAUGUGGAAAUUGAGAAGAAGAGAUACGCCAAGGGUAUCCCGCUGGGCCGCACUGGAACUGUACGGGAUAUCGCUGACGCGACAGUCUUUUUGUUCAGCGACGCUGGAAGCUAUGUCAGCGGACAAGUCCUAGCUGUUGAUGGUGCGGCAUGGAGACGUCAGGGAGCCAUCAGCGUGGGAACGGAGGCUGGCAUGGAGUACCCGGAUUAUAUUCUCAACGGAGAGUUCUCAAAGAACCUGCGAGAUCCAAGAAAGAACGGAAAGGCUAAGUUGUAAGGAUACGGGCUGUUGAACCACAUGGGCCAAGCUCGGAGAUUACCAUUUGACGAGGUAGAUAUGGAGUAUCAUGAGGGGAUAUUAUUUUUAUACAAACGAAGCUACAAUUUUGCAAUAUCAGAUCAAGUGUUUGCUUGAAUCAGUAC